UGACUGCAGUAUUCCCUUAGUAAACACAAUACAUCAAUCCGCUUUAAGAUCUGUUUACAAGCUGUGGUUGAUGCAGUGCAUUUCUAGCUAGCACUGCAAGGUAGACAGGAUGCCAGUCCAGUGCAACAUUUCAUUUACACACAUUCACUCUUAGCAGAGCUACUAUGCCUUUGUGCAUGUGUUUGACCAGUGGGAUAAAACUGGAGAACCUGGAGGAAACACAGACAAUAUGCAAAACUUCAUACAGACAGUAACCCAAGUAAUCGACGCUACCCACAAUACUUAAGUAUACAGAAAUUAUAGUGCUUUAUUAAUGCUGUGUGAUGGCUAGAAACAAGCUCUAGUUCAGUCAUAGUUUACAAACAUUUUUGUGGAAUAGGUACAGAACCAUUAUAAAGCAUGUACAUACAUCAGACAGCCAUAACAUUAAAACCACCUGCUUAAUAUAGUGUAGGACCCCUUUUCUGCCAGAAUAGCUCUGACCAAUCGAGGCAUGGAUUCUACAAAACCUCUGAAGAUGCGCUAUAGUGUCUGACACCAAGAUGUCAGCUGCAGGUCCUUGCGAGGACAUUAUACAGAUCUUGGGAGUUUGGAGGCCAACACCUUGAACUUUUUGUCCUGUUACUUAAAACAUUUCUGAACAUUUUUUUGCAGUGUGGCAAAGAGUAUUAUUCCACAGAAUCAGGCCACUGCCAUUAUGGAGUAUUGUUACCAUGAAUGGGGGUUCUUGGUCUGCGACAAUACUUAGCAAUCAUAGUGGCUCUUUAUCUGAGGAAAAUCCAUGGCUUUCUGGUAGAUGAGAGAGCUCCUCCAAACCUUCCAUCUCUCCCAAUCAUUGGGAGUCUUCUGAGCCUAAGGAGUGACAGCGCACCACAUAUUUUCUUUCAGCAACUGCAAAAGAAAUAUGGAGAUAUUUAUUCGCUUAUGAUGGGCUCUCAUAAAGUUAUCAUCGUCAACAGCUAUCACCAUGCAAAAGACGUCCUGCUUAAAAAAGGGAAAAUAUUUGCAGGAAGACCACGCACUGUUACUACAGACAUUUUAACACGAGAUGGGAAAGACAUAGCAUUUGCUGACUAUAGUGCCACAUGGAAGUUUCAUCGAAAAAUUGUGCACGGAGCCCUGAGCAUGUUUGGAGAGGGAACUGCAUCUAUCGAGAAAAUAAUUUGCCAAGAGGCGAGCUCUAUGUGUGAAACCCUCACUACCCUGCAGAGCUCUGCAGUAGACUUAUCCCCAGAGCUGACCCGUGCUGUUACAAACGUAGUAUGUACACUCUGUUUUAGCUCCUCAUAUAAACGUGGAGAUCCUGAGUUUGAAGCUAUGCUCCAGUACAGCCAGGGAAUUGUGGACACAGUUGCCAAGGAUAGUUUGGUAGAUAUCUUUCCUUGGCUCCAGCUCUUUCCAAAUGAAGACCUCAGAAUUCUAAGGCGUUGUGUCUCCAUUAGAGACAAACUCCUUCAGAAGAAAUAUGAUGAACACAAGGAGGACUUUAGUGAUAACAUCCAGCGAGAUCUGUUGGAUGCCCUACUGCGUGCCAAACACAGCUCUGAGAAUAACAACACCAGCACCCAGGAUGUCAGUCUUUCUGAUGAUCAUCUACUUAUGACUGUCGGAGAUAUUUUUGGUGCUGGUGUGGAGACUACAACCACUGUACUGAAGUGGUCCAUUCUUUAUCUUGUUCAUCAUCCACAGGUUCAAUUAAAAAUUCAAGAGGAGUUGGACACUAAGAUUGGGAAGGACAGGCACCCCCAGAUUAAUGACCGAGGAAAUCUUCCCUACCUGGAAGCCACAAUCAGAGAGGUGCUUAGAAUCCAGCCAGUCUCGCCACUUCUCAUCCCUCACGUCGCUCUCUCAGAUGCAAAUAUAGGAGAAUACACUGUACAGAAAGGGACAAGAGUCAUCAUCAAUCUGUGGUCUUUGCACCAUGAUGAAAAAGAGUGGAAAAACCCAGAACUCUUUAAACCAGAGCGUUUCCUGAAUGAGGAAGGCAACAGUCUGUGCUGCCCAUCACUCAGUUAUCUACCAUUUGGUGCUGGAGUGCGUGUCUGUCUUGGUGAGGCUCUGGCCAAAUUGGAGCUAUUCCUCUUCAUGUCAUGGAUUCUGCAAAGGUUCACUCUGGAGGUGCCCGCUGGUCAGCCUCUGCCUGAGCUAAAGGGCAAAUUCGGAGUUGUUCUUCAACCCCAGAGGUAUAAAGUCAUUGCAAGGCUCAGGACAGGCUGGGAAAAACAGCUACAGAAACAAGAGUCAGGCUAAGAUGUACAUUUUUCUUUUUUAUACUCAUACGCUAGUAGUUAAAAAAAAAAAAAAGAACAGAAGUUUUUUUUUGUCUUAACCCUUGUGUUGAGUUUGCUACAUAGCAGUGGAUGUACUGUAUGGGUUGUGUUGACUUCGGGCAACAGAGACAGAAAAUAACAUUAAAAAUGUCCAGCUGUGGAACAGUAAAAACUCCACUUCUCUUGCCUGGGGUCGCCCCUAAAAGCAGGCAUGUGUAAUCAUGUACGAGUGCAAAUAAGACAUGGAAUAAUGUACAUAACUACAACCAAAUUCACCAAUUGUUUAAUUCUUUUCUUCAAAAAGUUGGUGUGGUUUAUGUCACUCUGUCUGUAUUGUUUAUUCUUGGACAAUAUGACCAGAAAAUAACUGUAAUACAUGCAAUAAUCAUCCUUUUUCCAUGUUCAAUAGAGAAACAUGAUCUACUAUAUAACAUGAGCCAAUAUCCUGGUGUCUCUUUUUACAAUAUUUCUGCCAUAUUUGUCAGAAUUCAGAAAAUAUAACCAUAAAUAAACAGUUAUCACAAAACACA